UUGCGCUGCUUUAUUAUUGUGGAUCAGUUGACGAAGCAAAAGGCUGAUAAGUGCCUGGAAGAAUUGCGAAUUUAGCACCGACUCGAGGACCUGUCCGACCGAACGUGUCCUCUUCUGACCAACCAUCGCCAAUUUGUUCGCCUCGGCCACUCCAAUGGCGACCGAAAUAAUGUCGUUCUUCGAGAAAAACCCGCUCACCACACCUGUGGGCCAGCGAAUAGCUAGCGCAACAGACGCAUCGUUGGCCAGCGAAAACUGGGCCUUGAACAUGGAGAUCUGCGACUUAAUCAACGAUACCGAGGACGGUCCCAAAGACGGCAUUCGGGCCAUCAAAAAACGGCUUCAGCAAAAUGCUGGCAAAAAUUACACUGUCGUCAUGUACACGCUAACGGUACUGGAAACUUGUGUGAAAAAUUGUGGAAAAAGAUUUCACGUCCUGGCAUGCAGCAAGGACUUUGUUUCCGAGCUAGUCAAAUUAAUUGGUCCGAAAAACGAUCCACCCACUGUAGUUCAAGAAAAGGUUUUAAGUUUAAUCCAGAGCUGGGCCGACGCUUUUCGCCACCAGAGUGAAAUGUCCGGAGUUGUUUCCAUCUACAAUGAACUGAGGCAGAAGGGCAUAGAAUUUCCGAUGACUGACCUGGACACCAUGGCUCCUAUCAUCACUCCGCAGAGGGUAAAUAAUAGUGUGACUGACUCGGUCACAGUACCCCGACCUGCAACGGCUUCGCCACCGCGAACUUCCUCCCCUCAGGCGAUGGCCGCCGUUGAAAUCGGUGCGGCCAUUCCUCAGAGCCUGAGUCCGGAGCAGCUGGGCAAGUUGCAAAGCGAGAUGGACAUUGUCAAGACGAACAUGACUGUGCUGAGCGCAAUGUUGUCUGAGGUGGUGCCAGGCAAGGAGCACCCCAGCGACCUGACCUUGCUGCAAGAGCUGCACGCCACAUGCAGAGCCAUGCAGCGGCGUCUCGUUGACCUGGUGGGCAAAGUGGCGCACGACCAGAUGACGGCCGAGUUGCUGCACAUCAACGACGAGAUGAACAACCUCUUCCUGCGCUACUCCCGCUAUGAGAAGAAUAGAGAGGUCACCAAGUCGGGAGGUCAACCUGCUGGGGCCGAAGCGGCUGCCUCUUUGAUUGACCUCAGCGAGGAUGCCGGCGCUGCCGCCGCUGCCACUUCGCUUGCUGGAUUGAGUCUUGGUGGAGGUGCUUCUUCCCAACUAAGUCAGAUUCCCUCGGUCCAGGCACAGCAGGGAGCAGAAAGUGCGGCUGAUUCCGAAUUCGACAUGCUUGCCCAGGCAAGGAAUGUGAAUGUUUCUUAUGACCCCAGCAAAAGAAGUGGAAGUACAUACCAAGAUAAUCUUCGGCCUGACCAAACUAGCACCACCCUAGGAGAGAUAGCGCAGGGUCGGAGCCAAUUGCACAGGGAUAAUGAUUUUGACGAGAUUGAGGCGUGGCUUGGUGAAAAAGAGGCUCCUCCAGGCACUGAAGCUGUCGAGUCUCUGACGAGUAGUGAAUUUGAGCGGUUUUUGGCAGAACGAGCUGCUGCCGCUGAAAAUCUUCCACCAGUUGCUGCGUCAACUAACCUGAGAAGCACCAACACGCAGAGCAGAACCACCAGAGAGCUCGACAAAGAUGACAAAGAGAAUUCUCUCUUUGCGUUGUAAAUACUUAUAUGAUAAAGCUGCAGAAUUUGCUUUGUAUAUCUUAUCCUUCAGCCCUUGCAGUCAACGUCGUAGAAACAGAGCAUGCGUGCCUACAUAAAUAGCAAAAAUCUGUAGCCGUCACAAAAAUUAAUUAAUCGCACUCCACACUGCUUUAUUCUGUGGCACCGUAUCUUUGCACACACAGGAGAUAGGCGCAAAAUGUAGACAAUUAGACAUUUUUCUAAUGUUUCUAGCAUAGGUUCAAAACAUUUCUUUAAUUUGCCUUGAUCCACCAAAUACUCCCCUCUUUUAUUGGUUUUAGCUAGACAAACUGUCUUUCGCUGAAUGGUCACUUCGUCUGACCACUGCUUCCAGUUAAAUUCAUUGCCUGAAACGCAACCAUUUUUUUCACACUUCUGUUUGACCUAGGUACGAAUUAAUUUUUGUUUUGUAUUUUUUUGUUUUAGUUCAUGCUUUUGUAUUUUAUAAACCAAAUGUGAUAAUUACAUGGUCCCAAUUGCACACCAUUGAUUGUUUAUGCUGCAAUUGUUUUAUGGAGGUCAGCCUAACGUAAUAAUUAAUUCCAAAAGUGGUGAAAGCAUUUUUGUCUAAUCCUCGCGAAUGAAAAUUCACUUGCUCAAUGAGUAGCAAAAAUUAGGCGCCUCAACCUGGUCAAUGAGUUCAACCGAAAUGGUGCGGCAAAAUUAGUAAUAUUACCUAUUUUGUAGAAGGUUAAUAAAAUGGCAAAGACUAUUAUCUAUAAGGUGUAACUCAUCAAAUUUUUAUCUCUAUAUUUAGAAAUAGUCUCUCCUUCUACCUUUUUUUAAACUCCCAAACGCCCAAUAAUUUUUUUAAGCAUUUUCUGUUGAAAAAGCAAGUAGAAUUUAAUGUAUGUGCAUAAUUAAUUAACAACUUUUGCUGUCUUCUUGUGGCUGCAGCUUCUAAAAUGGAAUAGAUGUUGAAUGAUUGAUUGAUGCCCAAAAAACAUGCAAAUUGUAUUAACUCUGUAAUAAAGAAAUCCACACUUCAGUUACAGAGAGUGUAUUUAACGGAAUAACAACUUUUUAUU